AUGGGCUCACCUCACGUAACCUCAGACUUCGAGGCGCUGAAGCGCCGGAUCGCUCCUGUCUUGACGGAGGUCGCGAAGCCGCGGCCCGCGGAGAUGGCGGGGGAGAGUGGCUGGUCGCCCGUCCGCAGUCAGUACGGCGCCUGGGCGGUGAUCGGGACCCAUGAAGCCGGGGGCUUCGUGUACAGGGAGACGGUGACUGCAAUCGGCAACAAAGAUCGUGUGAAUUUCGUGGGUAACGUCGAGCGACGUGAGGCCAACCAGUCAGAUGGACAGCAUGAUGAAGAUGUUAUCAUGACUGAUGCCCCGCCGACUGAAUCGGCCGAUGGGGGGAUUGUGUUUGCUAGCAGAUUCAAGGAAUUGCCAAUUGACUAUUCAGACGGAAUGGAUAAAAUCACCUGCGGAGUCGCGCAAUUGAGUAUUGCCCCUCAUCAAACGUUCUCCCAUCAGAACACCCAAGUGGGAGAGACAUCUGAAGAUGUCGAGAUGACCAACAGUAACUGGUAA